CACAUAAAAAUGGCGUCCGAAGGGGAAAGCAGUCAGAGACCAGAAAACGACACAAGAAACGAGAGUAGAACGACGUUAUUUAGAUAUGCGAGAUUGUAUAACUCUCGAAAGAGUCUUUUUAAUUCGCCUUUCUCGAACACAUCAAAGGAUUCUGAAUCAGACCAAUGGGUUAAAAAAUGUAACAGUUUCCAAGUUGACAUGCAGGUGGACACAAUACUCUCAUCAUCUCAACAAGAAGCUCAUCAGCAAAGAUUAGAAAAACUUCGGCAGGAACUUGAUUACAUUAAAACCGAUGCCUGGAAGUACAAACCCAUUGAGGACCUGAUUGGAUUCUAGCACAGUUGUGCAUUUAUAUAUAUAAUAUGAAUUUAUGUAAAUAGCAAUAUUUAAUACUACAGAGCUAUUAAAAAAAAGCUGAUUCCUUUCAAAUUCAAAUUAGGCACAUAAUUAAGCAGAAGUUGCCUAAAUAACCCAUGGGUAUACCGAGUAUACGAAGCAUGUCAAAUAAGUGAACAUUAAUUAAUCCAAAACGUAAAUUGUGCUCUCUUUGGAAAUUAUUUUUAACAACUCUUUGUGCUGAAAGAAACGGUGGUCACGUUGAAGGACAUGGGGUAUAGCUUGUGAACAUUUUUUAUUAUAAUCUCUGUAAAUAA